AUAACAUAGGUAGAAAAUGGUUGGGUUAACCAAACCAGUUUUUAAAUAAUACUCCAUUGGUGAACCGUGCAAACUGGAUUUCUGUGAAGCGAACCCUAAUCAAUCAUACAUUCUCCUUUCUGUUCUUCAAAUCUACACAAACCCAAGCCAGAUAAACUUGCAUUGCACCCUUUGAGAUUAUACAACUGCCAAAAAUGAUUCUGGAUAAGAAGCACAUUGAGGAAACUUAUUAUGAGGUUCUCAAUAUCAAGGAGAAUGCAAAUUUCGGAGAGAUUCGUGAUAAACUCUUGAACACAUCAAGCAGUAAUCGAACAAGUGCAGAGAGAUUUCUCAAAGUACACAAGGCAUGGGAAACUCUAAGCUAUUCAAAGUCUCGUUUAUUUUACGACAAAGCGCUGCAGAGUUCAAGGCGGGAGGAUUUAUUGUCUUCCGAGGUUACAGAAGAUUUAAGCUUACGUGAUAUGACAGCUGAAGACGCUGGCAAAACAUUGGAACUGACAAUGUUUUAUCAAUGUCGAUGUGGUGAUUACUUCUCUGUGGAUUCGUUGGAAUUGCAGAAAAUGGGAUAUACAUUGUUGAGAGAUGGAAGCAGCUUAUCUAUACGCAAUGUUGAUACAUUGCCAGGAUCAGUGGUUCUUCCUUGUGGAACGUGUUUGAUGAAAGCUCGUCUGGUUCUCAGUAAGGAUGAUAGUUGAAAUUAGUAACAUUUUUGGCAUGAUUGGUGACGAUUACAAUUACGAACUGUAAGUACUAGGAUAUUGUUCAUCAAUGCAUUAUUAUACAUACAAUCUAUAUGCAAUCUGAUGAUUAUUCUAUACACGAAACUUCUUUGUAUUUAA